CUUUAAUCCAGAUUCAAUGUGGUUUAAUACAUUUACAGGCCGGGUGAGCUGUUUCCAACCUGCUGAGAAAGGGCCAGAAGCAGCCCUGGAAAAAAUCACAUACUGACUCAUGAACAGUGGGCCGGUCAGUCCUCCAGGCAUCCUGUGUUGCAUCACUCCUCACCCCCACUGCCCACCCUCUACCCCUCCCAGGGUAUCUCAGCUGUCCCCCCACUCCCUCCUGGACUAUGCCCCCCACCCCCACUCCUGCACCCAUCAGCCUGAGGUCCCCAGCCUACCCAAUGUUGCAUAUGCUGUCAGGCCUGGGGUACCAGGGGCUGCACGCACACAUGGGGGGGAUCCCAGAAGUCGGAGCUCCAUGCCCUGCUCACCCCUGACUAGCCUCAUACCCUGUCCUGGGGCAGGCUGAGCCUUAGCUGACAUCAGGGCUCCCCAUGAGAUCAUUCAUCCCUGACUUUUGACUCCCCAUAAGCCACAGAUAGGCAGCUAUCUCCCUGCCUCCCCCAGGCACUGGACAAUCUGGCCUAGCUAUGUCUCCACCACUGCUGAGUGCCAUGACCCUGGUCACAUCACCCUGACCCUGCAAGGAAGGGAACUGCCCCACAAUCUCCCCCUAGCACAACCAUCUGGGACACACACAGCCUCCAUACCCCAGCAGCAGUGGGGGGGCGGUGAAUGAUUUCCCCCCCGCCUGCCCCUAGCCAGGCCCCAUCCCACUGCCCCCUUCGCCAGGGCCCAGACACGUCUGUGUCACCUGCAAUUGACUCAUCCCCUUCCGGCCACGCCUCCCCACCCUAUAAAUACCCCCAGGGCCCAAGGAAGUUAGGCCAGGAGUAUGGAGGAUUCAGGAGCUGCCACAGAGCCUUCGCUGCUUGUCACAGGGGCUCCAGGCUCCCAGCCAUGCGAGCUGCCUAUGCCUCAGACCAAGGUCUUCCGGUACCGCAUCUGGGACAUCAACCAACAGUCCUUGUAUCUGCGCAAUGACCAGCUGGUGGCCGGGUACCUGCAGGGCCCCAACACUGCCCUGGAGGAGAAGAUCUACUGGGUGCCCAGCCGAGGCUUCAAGCAGAAUAAGUUGCCCAUCGUGCUGGGCAUCCAGAGUGGCACACGCUGCCUAGCCUGCAGUGGCACAACCCAGCCUGAGCUGGUGCUGGAGGAUGUAAACAUCACAGCAGCAGCAGCACAGGCAGGGCAGGCAGAGCCCCGCUGGACCUUCUUCCGCUCCUACCAGGAUGGUGCCUGGCGCUUUGAGGCAGCUGCACGGCCUGGCUGGUUCCUCAGCACCGCAGCCCAGCCUGGGCAGCCUCUGGCACUUGCCCAUCCCCCGGACCCAGCCCGUGUCCUUGACUUCUACUUCCAGGGCUGCUGAGAGCCUCACCCAGCAUCCACCGUCAUUGUUAUGUUCCAGAGUGAACACCCCGAAACUGAGGAGCCCGGAGGCAGUGGGGGUGCACAACCCUAUUCAACACCCCCAGCCAGCAUUAGGUUCCAGAGUGAAUACCCAAGACUGAGGAGCCCAGAGGUGGUGAAGGUGGAGACUCCACAACCUCUCAUGGCAGCCCUAUCCAUCACUGCCACCCUAUACAGCAUUAGGUUCUGGAGUGAACACCCCACAAGAUGGCCGUGCCCAGUAGCCAUGGGAACAGCCAGCGCAAUCCAUUGCCCUGCUUCCCUCAUUAGGGUCCAGAAUGAACCCUCAACCCUAAGUCACCCAGACACUGUCGGGAUGGACAGUUCCAUCCACUCCUGAACCCUGUCCUUGGGUUCCAGGGUGAACAACCCGCCAAGACCAAGGAGCCCAGACACCGCCUGUUACAUCAUUAGGUUCCAGAGUUAGCACCACCACAAACUGCAGUGAGUGUUGGCAACCCCAACCCCACCCACUGCCCUCCAUACCCAUUGUUAGAUUCCAGAGUGAACACACCCAGCAACUGAGAAGCCAAGCACUGCAGAGAUGGGUGGCCUUCUCCCAUUGCCCCCACCCAUCAUUAGGGCCCAGAGAGAAUGCUCCCCAUCAAUGCAUCCCCAUUCCCCCCCAUGUACAUAGCCCCUGCACAAGCCUGCACAAUCACCCUCUGAAUAAACCUUGCUGUCCUGA